GAGUAAGAAGGUUCAUUUCCGGGAUAAACAAGGACAUGUUUUGAGUAACUAUCCUUGGGAAUGUCUUUCUGUCUCUGUCCUUUAACGCCGUUAUGUCUGUCGGCUGUUAACAGUUGAUUCAAACAGUCCCCGGUAUAACCCGUUAGUCCGCGGUCCUCGACGUUAUGGCGGCUUCUGCUCACGUCUCCAAAGUCCGCUCAUUGUACAAGAGGAUUCUGGUCCUGCACCGGUUCCUGCCCAUCGAUCUAAGAGCCCUCGGGGACCAGUAUGUGAAGGACGAGUUCAGGAGAAGCAAAGGGGCGUCGUCCGAGGAGGUGAAGUGCUUCAUGACCGAGUGGGAGAAAUACAAGGACACCCUGCAGACUCAGGUACUGCAGUCAGCGGGGAAGCCACUCAGCUCAGUGAAGUUUGGGGCCGAGCUGUCGGACGGGGCCCUCAGCAGCUUCCAGGACGACCAGAUAGGCCAGCUGUACGAACUCAUGCUGGAAUCCACCAAGUCCAGCAGACAGUUUGACAUCCAGGAGGACAGCAAGUGAAGCAGCCGGACACUGAACUUUACCAGAGUAUAACCUGUGAGUGCUUAACCCUUGUGUUGUCUUCCCGUCCACUGGGAGGACACCUCUUCACCAUUAAAUGCCAG